AUGUUAAGAAUAAGAUCAUCAAAUCAUAUUAAUUCGAUCACAAGAAAUCUAAAUAAAUUCAAUGUCACCCCAAUAAUACAACAACAACAACAAUGUCGAUCAUAUGCAGAAACAACUGUCCCUACAACACCCAAAGAACCAACAACUGCAAAUGCUCUUAAUGCAAUGGGUAGAAAAGUUGAUAAAUAUUCAAAACCAUCAGGAAUGUUUGGUAAAACUACAUUUUCAGAAGUAAUGGAUGAAACAAAUAUGAUGUGGGAUAAAUCAGAUUCACCAGAUAAAGUAUCAAAACAAAAUACUAAAAUUAGACAUUUUACAAUAAAUUUUGGACCUCAACAUCCUGCUGCUCAUGGUGUGUUGCGUUUAAUUUUAGAAUUACAUGGUGAAGAAAUUGUACGUAGUGAUCCUCAUGUUGGUUUAUUACAUAGAGGUACUGAAAAAUUAAUUGAAUCAAAAACUUAUAUGCAAGCAUUACCAUAUUUUGAUAGAUUAGAUUAUGUAUCAAUGAUGACAAAUGAACAAGUUUUUGCAUUAGCUGUUGAAAAAUUAUUAAAUGUUGAAGUACCAAUUAGAGCAAAAUAUAUAAGAACAUUAUUUGGAGAAAUUACAAGAAUUUUAAAUCAUUGUAUGUCUGUAUUAACUCAUAUUAUGGAUGUUGGUGGAUUAACUCCAUUUUUAUGGGGGUUUGAAGAACGUGAAAAAUUAAUGGAAUUUUAUGAAAGAGUUUCAGGUGCUCGUUUACAUAGUGCUUAUGUUAGACCAGGUGGUGUAGCACAAGAUUUACCUGCUGGAUUAUUAGAUGAUAUAUAUAUGUGGGCAACACAAUUUGGUGAUAGAAUUGAUGAAAUUGAAGAAUUAUGUACUGAUAAUAGAAUUUGGAAAGAAAGAACUGUUGGUGUAGGUGUUGUUUCAGCAGAUGAUGCAUUAAAUUAUUCAUUAUCAGGAGUAAUGUUGAGAGGUUCAGGAAUUCCAUUUGAUAUUAGAAAAUCACAACCUUAUGAUGCUUAUGAUUUAGUUGAUUUUGAUAUUGGAGUUGGAUUAUAUGGAGAUUGUUAUGAUCGUUAUCUUAUAAGAAUGGUUGAAUUUCGUCAAUCUUUAAGAAUUAUAUUUCAAUGUAUAAAUGAUAUGCCACAAGGACCAGUUAAAGUUGAAGAUUAUAAAAUUUCACCACCACCAAGAAGUUUAAUGAAAGAAGAUAUGGAAGCAUUAAUUCAUCAUUUCCUUUUAUUUACUAAAGGUUAUGCUGUACCACAAGGAGAAACUUAUACUGCUAUUGAAGCACCAAAGGGAGAAAUGGCUGUUUAUGUAGUUAGUGAUGGCAGUGAAAGACCUUAUAGAUGUAAAAUUAGAGCACCAGGUUUUGCUCAUUUAGGAGCUUUUGAUCAUAUUGCAAGAGGUAAUUUAUUAGCUGAUGCUGUUGCUAUUAUAGGUACUAUGGAUUUAGUGUUUGGAGAAGUUGAUCGUUAA